UGGUGCUCAGAGCAGAGCCGGCCAGCAAGCGGGCGGGGGCAGCAGCGAGCGACCGUCCGGCCGGGCCCGCGGGCGGCAUGGGGCGGGUGCAGCUCUUCGAGAUCCGCCUGAGCCACGGCCGCAUCGUCUACAGCCCCGGGGAGCCGCUGGCAGGGGCCGUGCACGUGUGCCUGGGGGCGCCUCUGCCCUUCCGAGCGAUUCGGGUGAGCUGCACAGGCUCCUGCAGGGUCUCCACCAAGGCCAACGACACGGCGUGGGUGACGGAGGAGGGCUACGUCAACAGCGCUCUGUCGCUGGCUGACAAAGGGAGCCUGCCUACUGGAGAGCACAGCUUCCCCUUCCAGUUCCUGCUUCCUGCCACGGCACCCACGUCUUUCGAGGGCCCCUUUGGGAAGAUCGUGUACCAGGUGCGGGCCACCAUCGACACGCCGCGUUUUUCCAAGGAUCACCAGUGCAGCUGUGUGUUCUACAUCUUGAGCCCUCUGAACCUGAACAGCAUCCCGGACAUCGAGCAACCCAAUGUGGCCUCCACCACCAAGAAGUUCUCCUACAAGCUGGUGAAGACGGGCAGCGUGGUGCUCACCGCCAGCACCGACCUCCGUGGCUACGUGGUAGGGCAGGUGCUGCGGCUGCAGGCCGACAUCGAUAACCAGUCGGGCAAGGACACCGGCCCGGUGGUGGCCAGUCUGCUGCAGAAAGUGUCCUAUAAGGCCAAGCGCUGGAUCUAUGACGUGCGGGCCAUCGCGGAUGUGGAGGGUGCCGGAGUCAAGGCCUGGAGGCGGACGCAGUGGCAGGAGCAGAUCCUGGUGCCCGCCCUGCCCCAGUCGGCCCUCCCGGGCUGCAGCCUCAUCCACGUGGACUACUACCUGCAGGUCUCCCUGAAGGUGCCCGAAGCCUCCGUGACCCUCCCGGUCUUCGUCGGCCAUAUCGCUGUGAACCCAGCCCCGCCAAGUCCGCAGCCAGGCCCCGGGCCGCCUCCUGGGGCUCAGUCCUUGGUGGUGCCCUCGGCCCCGCCCCAGGAGGAGGCUGAGGCUGAGGCCACGGCCGGCCAACCCCACUUGGCAGACCCUGUCUCCCUCCUCGCCAAGUGCCACUUGCAGCUGCGGCCACCUGCCGCCCUCGGUGCAGGGCCUGGCGCCCCCGAACCCCGACCCCCGGGCGGCAGCCCCGCCUCACGCCCUCUGCCCCCUGCCUUGUGCGUCUCCACAGGUGCCGCUGUGCCCUACUUCGCAGACGGGGCUGGAGGGCCGGUGCCCACCACCAGCACCUUGAUCCUGCCCCCGGAGUACAGCUUGUGGGCCCACCCCUGCGAGGCCCCGCCGUCCUAUGAGCAGAGCUGCAGCAGUGCGGACCCCGGCCUGAUCCCCGGGAGCUGACCCGCUCCGCCUUCUCCCCGGUGGCUGACCUCUGCCACGGGACCUUUGCGCCCGGCCUGACCCGGCCCUCUCAGGACUCGAUGCGCCCGGCGGCCCCCGCGCACGUGGCCUCUCCCGGCCGAGGGCCGGCUGGACCGGACCCACUCGGUGUCAAUAAAGCAUUGCAUUUGUAGCGCCGGGCGCAGGCCGGCC